ACACGCCUCAAAUCUCCCAGUGACUAUACCAUAAUUCUAUCUUUAUAAAUUACGGAUACAUUAUUUUGGGUUAUUGUUUCAGUUGUCAGUUUGAUUGUGUAAUAGUUUGAAUAGUUUUGCACUCUUCCUGGUUUUAGUUCGCACCAUGUUUACAUGAGUUAAGAGGUUAUUUUUUCUCUCUGCAGAAACUCGCUGUCUGAAGAAUUCGACAGCAACAAAGGCGAUACAGUCAAAACACAGAGCGGUUUGUGUAUGGUUUCUCUGCGUGUACCAGGUUGAUUCGUGGAACUUCUAGGUUGGAACAGCUGAUGGUGUUUUUUAUUUUCAGGACGAUAUCGGAUUUCAACCUACAAGUGUUAAUUAUGUUACAGCCAUAGCUCGCUCAUCGAUACCAGGAGGUUUGGAGGCGGUGCAGCGAUAGUAGACUACUAGUGUAACAUUUGUAACUUAACGUUUCCUAUCACCUCUCAACUUCGUCUUGUCUUGUUCGUCGUGUCAAACAAUAGAGAUAUUUGUGAAGUAGGCUAAUGCCGAAGCGAGUCUCGGGGAGAACUCAAAGCUUCCUUUUCUCUGCUCAACCACGGAUACGGACGAGUAUCAUCAACCCAACAACAUGAGAAGUCGAAGCAACUCGGGAGUGAAACUGGACAACUAUGCCCGGAUAGUGCAUCAAACCAUACUCCGACAUCAAGACCCAGUCACAGGUCUCCUCCCAGCCAGUGGAGAUCAGCCUGAUGCCUGGGUGAGAGACAACGUGUACAGCAUCCUGUCUGUCUGGGCUCUCAGUCUGGCCUACAGGAAGAAUGCAGACAGAGAUGAAGACAAGGCCAAGGCCUACGAACUGGAACAGAGUGUGGUGAAACUAAUGAGAGGUGUUCUACAGUGCAUUAUGAGACAGCUGGACAAGGUGGAGAAGUUUAAGUACACUAAGAGCACCAUGGACUGCCUCCAUGCUAAGUACAACACCAGGACCUGUGCUACCGUGGUGGGGGACGAUCAGUGGGGACACCUCCAAGUGGACGCUACCUCUCUGUUCCUGCUGUUCCUCGCUCAGAUGACUGCCUCAGGACUCCAUAUCGUCUACACUCAGGAUGAGGUGGAUGUGGUACAGAAUCUCAUGUUCUACAUCGAGGCAGCUUACAAAGUGGCUGACUACGGGAUGUGGGAGCGAGGAGACAAGACGAACCAGGGGAUCCCUGAGCUCAACGCCAGCUCCAUCGGCAUGGCUAAAGCAGCUCUGGAGGCCCUGGAUGAACUGAACCUGUUUGGAGCCGGAGGAGGACCAGGGUCUGUGGUGCACGCUCUGGCUGACGAUAUACAGCACUGUCAGUCCAUCCUCAACUCCAUGCUUCCCAGGGCAUCUAUGUCUAAAGAGGUGGAUGCAGGUGUUCUGUCCAUCAUCUCGUACCCGGCCUUCGCUGUAGAGGACAUCUCUAUAGUCAACAUCACCAAGGAGAAGAUCAUAUCCAAACUACAGGGUCGAUAUGGAUGCUGUAGGUUUCUCAGGGAUGGACACAAAACGCCUAAAGAGGACCCUAACCGUCUAUACUAUGAGUCUGCUGAGCUGAAGCUCUUUGAGAACAUAGAGUGUGAAUGGCCCCUGUUCUGGACCUACCUCAUACUGGAUGGCGUCUUCACCAACAGCCCAGAACAGGUCCAGGAGUACAAGGAUGCUCUGGAGGGGAUUCUGAUCAAACAGAAAGACGGGAUCUGUCUACUUCCAGAGCUCUACAGUGUUCCACCUGAUAGGGUGGAUGAGGAGUAUGUAAACCCCCACUCUGUGGAGAGGGUCCCUCUGGGGAAGCUCCCUCUAAAGUGGGGUCAGUCCCUUUACGUUUUGGGAAGUCUACUGGCAGAGGGUUUCCUGGCCCCUGGAGAGAUAGAUCCUCUCAACCGACGUUUCUCCACCAUCCCCAAGCCAGACGUGGUAGUGCAGGUGUCUAUCCUGGCAGAGAACGAGGAGAUCCAGGAGUUGUUGAUGAAGAAUGGGAUAGAGGUGGAGACAAUAGCUGACAUACACCCCAUCCACGUCCAACCUGCUAGAGUCCUCAGCCACAUUUACGCACGACUCGGACGUAACCAGAGACUGGGGCUGACUGGUAGACCCUACAGGAGGAUUGGAUGUCUAGGAACUUCUAAGUUCUAUGUCAUCCGCAACACCAUCUUUGCCUUCACGCCACAGUUCAUAGAUCACCAGAGUCACACAGUGUGUGUGUGUGUGUGUGUGUGUGUGUGUGUGUGUGUUAGCUCAUUGUCCCUGUAUGUUUCAGCUGAAGACCACUCUGACUUGGACCCUGCGGUUCUGGCCACUCUGAAGAAGCUACAGGAUGGAUACUAUGGAGGAGCAAGGAUCCAGACGGGGAAGCUCUCUGAGUUCCUGACCACUUCCUGUUUUGCCAAACUCAGCUUCCUGGAUGCCAGUAAGCAUGUGGGCGGCAUGGGCCAGCAACAAGAUGAUGAUGAUGAUGAUGACUAUGGAUGCUUUGCUGAGCAUGGCUUGACCUUCCAUGGUGACGCUGAUGAUCUAGCCCAGUACCUGGACCAGUUGUUGACCACAGCGAACCCCAGCAGAGGGUCAAAGGUCAGAGGUGACUCUGGAGGGCUGGACAGGUUCAAAGCAGCAGCCACGAAGACCAAGGAAAUGGUGUCUCUGAUGCACAAGGCUAAGGAACUCCACCUACACAAUGCCCACUUAUAUCUCCCCAACAAGCUCUUCCGUUCCCCUCAGCCCUCCCUCCACCUCACCCUCACAGAUUCCUCUGCGACUCACACCAGUCAGUUUCCUCAGGUAGUAGUGACCACAGAGUGUAACCUGCCCAGAGAUGCCAGUGGUGAUAUAGACUACACGAGUCUGGUCCAGCUCCUCAGAGACACCCACAGUCUACCAGACCAGGCGGACAUACUGUACAUCCUCUUCAAAGACAAGGGUAUGGAGUGGGACACCAGACUACAUGGUAAAGGCUCUACAGUCCGCUCCCUGCUGACAGACCUGUAUGUGAAGGCAGGAGAUCUCAAACACUGGGGACUCAUACGCAUGAUCUCUGGAAUACUGAGGAAGAAAGUAGAGGAACUCGACUGGGCUUGCUCUGAUUUGUUGGCCCACCAGAAGCACCUGACUGUGGGUCUGCCUCCAGAACCUCGGGAGAAGACCAUCACAGCACCCAUCCCUCCAGACAAGCUGGCCAUGCUGAUAGAUGAAGCUAGUGAGAACAACAUCACUAUAGCCAUCCUCACACAGGAGAUCAUGGUGUACCUGGCGAUGAACAUGCGUACCCAACCCAGCCUGUUCAGUGAGAUGUACAGGCUGCGUAUCGGACUCAUCAUCCAGGUGAUGGCCACUGAGCUGGCACAGUCUCUCAACUGCUCAGGAGAGGAGGCCACAGAGAGUCUGAUGAGUCUGAGUCCGUCAGAAUUAAAGAUCCUGCUUCAUCACAUCCUCAGUGGGAAAGAGUUUGGAGUGCAGAAGAGCGUGCGUUCUGUAGACGCAGGUGCCAGUCCGGCCAUCUCUAUCCACGAGGUGGGUAAUGUGGGCGCCACCAAGAGCGAGAGGGCGGGCAUCAGCAAGCUGAAGAGUGACAUGAGGAUGUUGGAGGAGCUCAGGUUGUCAUGGUCGCAGCAAAGACAGAGCCUUACAUCGCACUCAUUGGACAUGGAACAUAUUGAAUCUGGGAGGUACAGGCUCCCCUCCAUAGAGUCUCUGGACAUUCCAGUGAGCACGCCCGUCACCAAGGAUACGAGGCACGGCCAAUGGCUGCGUAGGAGACGUCUAGACGGAGCACUCAACAGAGUCCCCAUAGGCUUCUAUCAGAAGGUCUGGAAGAUUCUGCAGAAGUGUCAUGGUCUGUCCAUAGAAGGAUUCGUUCUACCAUCUUCAACGACAAGGGAGAUGACUUUAGAUGAGAUCAAGUUUGCGGUGCACGUGGAGACUGUGCUGAACCGGGUGCCCCAGCCAGAGUACCGCCAGUUACUGGUGGAGGCCAUCUUAGUUCUCACCAUGCUGGCAGACGUGGAUAUAGACAGCGUGGGCAGCAUCAUCCAUGUGGAGAAGAUCGUCCACAUCGCCAACGACAUGUUUUACCACGACCAGAAGGACUUGGGAGCAGAGGAGCAGAUCUUAGAGAGAGACCCCUCCACAGGAGUGUGUCGCUUGCUGUAUGACAGCGCCCCUAGUGGACGAUUUGGCAGUAUGACAUACCUCACCAGGGCUGUGGCUGUAUACGUACAGGACUUUCUACCCUGUGGCUCCUGUGCCCUGCAGUAGACACACACGUGCUGGCUGUGUCAGAAAACCUGUACCUGCAUUCUAAAGGGGGAGGCUUUUUCAGGAAUGUGAAAGUAGAACGUUUUAAUAUUAUUUGACUUUGAGUGUGUUUUAAAUGCCAGGAUGUCAUAUUAAUUUGGCCUUUCGUCUAGUGGAAUUCGCUAUAUACGCUAUUGAGGGAGCGAAUCGUCUUUUCACACCCACUUGGGUUUGACAACAGCCGAUAAUCAGAAUAGGGGACGGCGCUCUACAAAAAUGAGCGAAUGGUAGAAACUAGCCCGAUUGCGCAUUAGAUAAGUAGUAUGUUGAUAUUUGUUGCUUACUGCAUACAUCUUUACUAACCAGUACGUCCUAAACGGUAUGUAGUACUGUUAGUACACAAUUUGUAGUUUUAGUAAGUACACUUUCUAAGUAUGACUUAACUAGUCAUUUAGUAAGCAUGACAGAUUUCAGACACACCAACAUGUACACCCUUAAACACAAAUAAAGGUCAAAUAAAAACACAAGUGUGAUCUGACUGUUAGACUUAAAAAGCAUUCACCUGAGUGUUCACUGGGUCUCAUUGUUUAUCCUUUUUUUGUCCAGCCUGGCAGAUAUUUACAUCUAACAUGGACAACACACUGUCUUUGUUUGGUCAGACAAAUAGCACCCUAUUCCCUAUAUAUAGUGUACUACAUCGACCAGGCCCCUUAGGGUCCUGUAAUAUUUGCUAACUAUUACUCGAUAACUAGUCAGUAACUGGUACCUAAUAAUUGACAACUAGUCAUUGAUAACUAGUAAGUAACUGGUACCUAAUAACUGAUAACUAGUAAGUAACUGGUACCUAAUAAUUGAUAACUAGUCAUUGAUAACUAGUAAGUAACUGGUACCUAAUAACUGAUAACUAGUAAGUAACUGGUACCUAAUAAUUGAUAACUAGUCAUUGAUAACUAGUAAGUAACUGGUACCUAAUAAUUGAUAACUUGUCAUUGAUAACUAGUAAGUAACUGGUACCUAAUAACUGACAACUAGUAAGUAACUGGUACCUAAUAACUGAUAACUAGUCAUUGAUAACUAGUCAUUGAUAACUAGUCAUUGAUAACUAGUAAGUAACUGGUACCUAAUAACUGAUAACUAGUAAGUAACUGGUACCGAAUAAUUGAUAGCUAGUCAUUGAUAACUAGUAAGUAACUGGUACCUAAUAAUUGAUAACUUGUCAUUGAUAACUAGUCAUUGAUAACUAGUAAGUAACUGGUACCUAAUAACUGAUAACUAGUAAGUAACUGGUACCUAAUUGAUAACUAGUCAUUGAUAACUAGUAAGUAACUGGUACCUAAUAACUGAUAACUAGUAAGUAACUGGUACCUAAUAACUAGUCAUUGAUAACUAGUAAGUAACUGGUACCUAAUAACUUAUAACUAGUAAGUAACUGGUGCCUAAUAAUUGAUAACUUGUCAUUGAUAACUAGUAAGUAACUGAUACCUAAUAACUGAUAACUAGUAAGUAACUGGUACCUAAUAAUUGAUAACUAGUCAUUGAUAACUAGUAAGUAACUGGUACCUAAUAACUGAUAACUAGUAAGUAACUGGUACCUAAUAACGAGUCAUUGAUAACUAGUAAGUAACUGGUACCUAAUAACUGAUAACUAGUAAGUAACUGGUACCUAAUAACUGAUAACUAGUCAUUGAUUACUAGUAAGUAACUGGUACCUAAUAACUGAUAACUAGUAAUUGAGACCUAUGAGGGUUAUCAUGGGCAGUUUACAGGUACAUUAUAUGAUUUGUUGAGAUGACUUGACAAUCAAGAAUAAUCAUACAAAUCUAUAAUCUAUAAAUCUAUAAUCUUCUGGUAGGUCUGCCUCAAUUUGUAACUCACUGUUUCCUAAUCCUGGGACCCAAAAGGGUGAGCAUUUCUGUUGUUGAACUAACACACUUGACUGAUGGAGGUGUAUUAGAGCUAGGACAAUAACAAAAAUGUGCACCUUGGGUCCCAGGGACCAGGAUUGGAAAACACAGUUGAAACUGAUGCUGCCUCGGUUGAAUAGAAGUCGCAAUGUUUUCCUUGAGAAAACAUUUUUGUUUUAUUGCCAGUGUGAGUUCUGGGACAUUUUUGUUUUAUUGUCAGUGUGAG